AUGUCGCAAUCCUCCGCUAAAACAUCCUCACCGCCUCAAUCCAAAUCAGAGUCUAUAGAACUAGGCCCCCAGGGAGGCGCAGGCCACGACUCGCGUCUAUUGGCCAAAGAGCCCAAAUCUCAAUUGGACACUCUGAUUUCUUAUCUCGUCGCCGCGAAAAGAUCCUUGUCGUCCAUAUACCAUGUGUCUCGUGCCGAUGAAAUCGUCAACACAGCUCGAAAUGCUUUGGAGGAGAGUGUAAUACUGUCUGCAAAAACAGGGUUUCUUAGACGGGGCCAGAAAAACGAGAUUCGAUUAUUAUAUAAUGUCCGGGGUGAAAUCGAGAACAUCUCUCACCGAGGACGUGCUGAGUUUGCCGGUGUGCUGACGGAGCUUGAUGAUGUCGACGACCGCUUGCGUCAGACACUUGACAAGCUACGGCAGACCAUUGUUCAUCCUUCCUUUCGUCCAGAAGGCGAAGAGUCGAAGAGUCUUCAUGACUUUGUGGACGAACGUGGUGUGGAGGAACUGCAAGUAAUUCUAAAGGCUUCUAUAGACCGAAGUACCGCGGCUCAAGCGCAGCUUGACACCUCUAGCUCGAGUUUUGACGAAGAAUUGCGCGCCUUGCAACAUGCACUGGGCAGGUAUCGUACCACAAUGGAAUUAGCGUCUUCACGCUCAUCGCUCUCGGCAUCGUCUCCUGCCGCUUCCAGCCCUGGAAUAGUGACUCCGUCAGCCAUCCCACCCAUGCUACGAUCAUUGGAAUCUCAUGCUCAGGAAAUGGCAGACCUACUUGAGUCACUGGUACAUCAUUUUGAUAGAUGUGUCACCGCCGUAAAGCAUACAGAAGGUGGCGGGGCGGUUGCACGUUCAAUUACUGGGGAUAUGCCUCAAGGUCUCACCGUUCCCCAUACGGAAGACACUGCGGAGGAUGCUGAUUCCAACUCGAAUGACUCAGUUGAUCCUAUGACUGACUCGGACUAUCAAGAUAUGUUAGGCGUGCUUACAAAGGAUGCUGCGGAGGCGGAGGAUGUCGUGCUUGAAAUCCAGGAACGCAGUAGUGAGAUGGAGACUAUCUUGGAAAGCAUUAUUGCACAUCGCGAUUCCGUAAUCACAGUAUAUAAUGCCACGACGGAGAUUUUUGAUCAUCUCUCCAAUCUUGCGACUAGUCGUUUGCCUGAAUUUAUCUCCCAAGCACACGCUUUCACACAUGUCUGGAACGAAGAGCAUGAGCGCAUACGAACUGGUAUGGCAGAUCUCGCCGACCUUCGAUCGCUGUAUGUUGGGUUUCUCGACGCUUAUGAUGGACUUAUCCUCGAAGUAUCCCGUCGGAAACAUAUGCGUCAGGGUAUUGAACGUAUAUUGCGAGAGACUCGUGUUAAGUUGGAUCAACUAUACGAAGAGGAUAUCAAUGCCCGAGAAGCGUUUAGGGUUGAGCAGGGAGACUAUCUUCCGUCAGAUAUAUGGCCAGGUCUUGGGAGAGCUCCGAUGAGAAUCAAGUUUUCAAAGCUAUCUGGCGGUAGACUCCCCGCCAUUGCUGACCAGGACGAUGCCGACGAAGUCCCUGUAGAAGGCACUGCUAUUGAGGAUGAGCAGUCAGGAGAAGGCGGCGACUAUAUACCUGACCUACCCAAGCAUAUCGUUGAUGAAGCUAUUGCGCGGUUGAAAGCCCGAGCCAGAGAGGAUAGUGGCCACCUAAGCGCCUAUGUUCUCGCGAAUGGGGAUCGUUCAAAGGUUGAACGUCCUACGACGCUGACGUCCAACGUGCCAGGAUCCGGUCCCAGCUCUACGCCAUUAAUUUCCCAGAUGAUGAACAAAACAUAUCUGUUUCUUCAGCCUCAGAUCCGUCGUGUGUUCCUAAUCGGUUCACGCAUACUCCUUCCUUAG